AUGCUCUCCCUUCAUUCCCGCUCUCCUUCUAACCGCAUAGUUGAACUUGGAAGAGGGAUGUCUUUUCAAGCCGACCAAGGACUUCAAUACGGUGCGCAAAAUCCGCCUUUGAGCGGUGACCAUGAACCAUCGCGAGAUCAAGCGCAGUGGAAUAGUGCGCAGGACCAAAGUUCCAUCGGGCUCGGACCAGAUGCAUACGCCUACGGCCCGCCUGAGUAUGCAAACCCCUACAGAGGCGACAACACGAUUGACCCAAGAUUGUUGAUGCAACCAUCUGCGCCGGAAUAUCAACCAAGUCUUCCACUUACACCAUCCCAUGUAGCAUGA